GGCUGCGGCACCCCCGCGCCGGGGGAAACAAAACAAAGGCGGCGGCGGGCCGGAGGGUGCGCGGCGCGGUAGCAGGAUGCCUCGGCCGCCCCUCGGCCCUCAGGGCGGCGGACGUGCGCCCAGCCCGCUCCUAUGACCGCUGGCUGCCGCCGAGAAGGUACCUUCAAGGCGAAAGAAGCCACCCCCACCGCCGCCGCACCUCCCCUCUUUGUUUUUCGAUGAGGGCCCGGCGCUGAGCCCUUGCUUGGCCGCUACGUGAGGACAGGGGGUCCCGUCUCCCCUUCUGCCCUUGCCCCGUACGGGAAAGGGGCCUGGGAACGCGCUGCUGUUCGGAGUCCGGGCUGGGGAGCGGAGCCGGCACGGCGCAGCGGUGGUGACUGUUUCUCUUCUGUUAUUUGUGUGGAAAGUGCCACACACACUCCAGAACAACAACGGCUUUUGCUUGCAUAUUCCAGUGUUUCUUUUGUCAGCGAGUUCAGCAAAGUUGUAAUUCUUCAAGUGCCAGCCCUGAGCUGAGUGAGGAGCCACAAGCAGAGAUGGUAAAAAUGACAAAAUCAAAAACGUUCCAGGCUUACCUGCCAAACUGUCACCGAACCUACAGCUGCAUCCACUGCAGAGCCCACCUAGCCAAUCACGAUGAGUUGAUCUCCAAGUCCUUCCAGGGAAGCCAGGGGCGAGCCUACCUCUUUAAUUCUGUGGUGAAUGUGGGCUGUGGUCCAGCAGAGGAGAGAGUUCUUCUGACAGGUUUACAUGCUGUAGCAGAUAUCUAUUGUGAAAACUGUAAAACCACUCUUGGAUGGAAAUAUGAACAUGCUUUUGAGAGCAGUCAGAAAUACAAAGAAGGAAAAUUUAUCAUUGAACUUGCCCACAUGAUAAAAGACAAUGGCUGGGAGUGAAUCUUAACCUUUUCCCUUCUGUUUGGACAUUAUUCUGUGGAACAUGCUUUACAAAGACUAAUGCAAAGUAAAGGAAGAGCUUGGCUAGAGAAUGGCCCUGAGAAUAUCACUGAACUCUGAAACCUCACAAACGAGUAGUGUUAGUGUAAGUGGCUAUUUCAGGCCAUGUUUGCCUUUUCUCCUGGUGUAAGUUCCCUCUUUUUGUACGUGUAUUAUUGUGUGAACAGUUGUUUUGGAACAUUUUGGAUGACCUUUUUCUAAACUCUCAAACUAGAGAAGCAGUUCACUAAUUGCAAACGGAUUUUACUGGUUAGUAUCUCUCUGACCUAUGCCUUUAAUGCUACCUUCUGCUGUGCAUGCUUCUUGCCUAAACACCUACACUCCAGUCCUGUAGAAGUUCUGUACCUGAGCAGUCUGAAAGAAUGUAUGGGAUGGGGUGCUUUUUUAUAUGUAGCAAUUUCUGAUGUGUUUGGCAGUGAAGAGGAUGCAGUAUUGUAGUGAUUUCGUUUUUCAGUUUCAGUGUACCACAGCCUAUGUACCAUCUCGUAGGUGAAUUGGUUAAAGGUACAGUGCUCACUUCAAAACAAACCAAAACCAAACCUCCAGUUGCACUGACUAAAGUUAGCAGGUCUCAAGUUGUUGGGAAAAGUUCUGCUAGAGGUUUGGUGUCUUAAUGAAAUAACCUUGGAAGGAUUUGAAGUCAAUAGUCCUAUAGAAUAUGUUCAUUUAAGACCAACGUAUUUGCUUAAGGAGUUUGCUGGAUGAAAACAUUCUAAAAAUCAUAGCUUGAAAAAUUAAAAGGCAGAAAAAAAUAUAUGCAUUCUAUUUUGAAAAAAAAGGAAAAACAAAAAAAAAUAGCUGUUGUAUUAAAAAAAAAUAAAAGAAAAGAGUUUUGGUACUGUACCUUUGCCAGUAACAGGGACUUGUGCAGCAGUGACGCUUUAUGGCUGGUUCCAUGUAACUGUAUAGUCCUAAUGCACUGGACAAAGAGGUUGAUAGCAAGGAAACUUGUUGAAGUAUUCUGCUUCUGCUACUACAUUUGAACAAACAUAUUUAUUUUUGUGAGAAAUGGCUGGAGCCUAUGACAUGAAAAUUACUUAUAGCACCUGGAGGAAAAGGAGGGGUAAUAAGAGGGAAGGGAAGUUUGACUCAGUUUUUCAUAAUAGAAGUUUUUAACACUUGGGGGUGGGGAAAGGGUUUCUUGGUUUGCUGGCUAAAUCAUCCCCAAGUACCUUUUGAUAAUAAAAACGUGUAUGAAACUCAGCUUCUCCUUUCUUCUCUUGCUGUUUCUUAAAUGGAGUGAGUUAAAGAGAGAAACUUCUGCAGCACGGACGCGCGAUGUUAGCUGUUGGCAUCCGUGCCUGCAAAUUCAGAGCGACUCUGAGUUCACUGCAGACAGAUCUCCUAACUUUAUUUUCAAAUUUAACAGCCUCUGAAUACUUUUUAUACUGUAAACCUUUUAAUGCUUAAGGAGGACAAAAUGUUUGGGCUAAAAAAAAUACCCUUUAACACUAUAGAAGUACCAUAAGUGAACGAUAUGGAAGCCUUUGCAAUACAGAAUCGUUUUCUCUCAGUACCAAUUCUAAUGUGGCACCUGCAGAAGUAGUCAUAGGUGCCGUGGCUGCUGUUGUGUUUUAGGGACUCUCUGAUAGGCUUUCUGAACUCUGCUGCACUUUAUAGAUUUUGUCCUACAUGAAAAAACCUUCUGCCAAUGGAUAGGGGCAAUAGGAAUCUUUGAGACUAACUGUCCAGUGUUUCUGUGGAGAGGAAGAGAGAGAAGGGAUUUUGCCCACGCGUGCACGUUCUCUGAUGCAGACUGGCUGCGCUGCCUUCCUGAUGCUGUUGUGAUCUACAGCUAGGAAUUGAAAAUGUGAGAAUUAGAGAAGCAGUUCAAGCUGCUGGGUUUCAGUCCAGAGACCUCAGGUGGUACAGUCCUGUUGAGUCUGGAUUUGUGGCUUAGCUGUUACUACUCGAUGUUUACAUCAUCAGGCUUCAGGGUCUUCUUUUGAGCGAUGUCACUGAUGCAAGGUGGGCUUUGCUGUUGCCUGUCUCCAUCUUUUUGACCUGGAAUUCUCUGAAUUUAGUUUUCCUCCAUUGUAAUGUAAGUUGCCAACAAAGGAGGCACUUAAACUGCUGUCGGCAAAAAGGCUGUGUUGACUUCAAAGUCCCCUUGCAGUGUUUGUGGACGUGGCUUCAGUGAAGUUUGUGUAUCUGUGGGCUUUCCUUGCUUCCUGGCUGCAGACUUGUUGAAGCAGUACACUGGACUGAAGACAAAGGUAAUGACUGCUUUUCAGCAGAGAGCUGAAAUGAAAGAACAUAGGUAACAUUAAAGGCUUUUCUCUCUCAAUCGGGGAGUUGGGCUGUCUUGCUAGUAAGCUAAUGCUGUCUGUAACAGUCUGAUUCUUACUUAGAAAUUCAACCUCUUUCUUCAGUGCAUUAUUUGUAUUUCAAACUGGACAUUUUCACCAAAACCUUAAUUAACUUUGAUGCCAAAGGUUGGGACUUCGUCAAGUGCUUAGCACGUAGAGCUUCAGACUACUGGCAUGAAGAGUUAAUGAUCUAUAUGCGAUGCUUGUGGCUUGUAAGAGAACCAGACAAAGCAAUAUUCUUUUUGGUCUUUUAAGAGUGGAUGCUUUUAAGGAGCAAAGAGUAGAUCUAGUAUAGAAUUGCUAUUUCCUGCUGCCACAUUACAGAUCUGGAGGCUCAUCCUAUUGAGGGAAAAUGUGAAUUUUCUUCCUGUGUUGCUUGGCAGCAUCGAUGAUUAUUUUCUCCCCAAGUAAAGACAUAGAGAGUUCUUGUUAUUGGUUUUGGUGAAAGUAGAAUCCAGAUAGCAAUGGCUGCUGGCUGAUGUGAAGAGGUCAGUCUGGUCACUGAACUCUUCAGCAGUCAUUUGACAGAAAAAUAAACUUACUUGAAAAAAAAACAAAAACUUACUAAAGCAUUUUCCCUCUAACCAAUUUUUGUAAUAUAUUAAAGAUUAUAUUUAAAGUUUGUAUGUGUUUGCUCUGGGCAAGUUUACUUCCCCUCCAACUUGAGCACUUUUGUUACUUGUACUGGUUAUUUUUAUUGUUGGUCUUAACAUUUAUUUUGUAUUUUGUUUUUUUUUUUAUAAACUGUAACAAAAAAAAAAAAAGCUUUUGUGAACCUUUGUUUCUUGCUGGCUCUUUCUUGGACCAAAUGAACUGACUAUGAGCUGGCUUAGAAGAAAUGUUCAUUGGGAUGCAUAGGAAUUUGCUAGCAAAAAUGUACUUGUAUUGAAAGUUUUUUAUUCCUCUGAACCUCUAAAGCCACACCUGCCCUAAAGUAAUUGGAUGUGAGUUUAGUGAUCAAAUCUGAGCACACAUUCUCUCUCUUGGUCCAAAGCAAUGGCUGUAACAAUGGGUUCCAGGACUGAGCCUGCCUCCAAAUGCUGGGCUCGGUGGUCACUCCCAAGCACCUUUUUGAGUAAUAAAAGGCAGUGCUGCCAUCUCUAAAAAUUCGGUUCAGUUGCAAACUUGCUGUGAAAUAAGCUGCAGAGUGUGGUGAUGGAUUGCUGACACAUCAGCCUAGCCACUCGUGCUGUGUGCUUUUAGCAGUGUAGUGUCAGUUUUGUCUGCCAGUCAAAAGGGCCAGCACUUGAACUCCCCUCUGUUCACUGUGAGCACUACGACAGACUGGGUUAACGAAGUUCUGAUUCCAUCUUAACUUCCCUAGGCCUAGGAUGGUGGAGAGCCCAAGUGGUGUGCCUUGCAUGCUGGCAGCGUGUCACAGUCUGUGGGUGUGGACAGGGAAUAGAGUUGAUGAAGUUUGAGUUCAAAUCUGGCCUCAGAGGUUCUGACAUAGUCACUGCCAUGCCCAUAUCCAAAAGGUCUUCUGCAUUUCUCUUGGUGUAUCAAGUUAAUGCAAGAGUCUGUGGAUGCUGUGUACCAUCUCUGGUGGACUCCCCUCUGAGUAAUGCUUGUAGAGCUUUUUCUGCACGUUCAUCUCAGCAGUCAGAUUGCAGCAGUAGUGACCUACAGUCUCACAGACCAAAUUUCAAACAUCUCCAUUCUGUGAUAAUGGCUGAAUGGAAGAAGCUGUCAAAUUAUUGUUACACUUUCUGGACACUCUUGCAACUUCAUUGAAACUCAUGUUAAAAGCCAACCAGCAGUAGAAACACUGCAAGAAGAGGAGAAGCUUCAGAGGUUUUCUUUUCAAAGGACUGUUAGGAAUGGUUUAAAGCCUAAAGCAUGAGUCCUAAAUGGCAGUUGAGUUGUGCCUCAUUGUUUCUUAAACUCUUGACAAUGCUUUCUUUUACAGGUGACAUGGCUGUGUUGCUGUUUUGUCCUAGCAAUACUGUACAUCAUUUGUUGUUUCACUAUAUUGUAUCUACUUGAGGUAUCACAAUAAAAGCUUUCAAUUGUUUUGUUGAGUUA